GAAAAAGAAAAGUGAAGUGCUUCGUGACGAAGAAAGAUUGAAUCUUUAUGUUACGGUGUUUUUCAUGAUCAAGUGCCCGGUUUUUAAGUGUUCAACCGCUCAAAUCAGUAGCCGAAUGUAGUGUUUUAGUCGAACUAUCAAAGAAAACAUAACUAUGCUCUAUAACUAUACACGCAUCUGAAAGGCACGAAAAAUGGAGUGCCAUCCAAGGAUCGUAAGGUAAAUAAACUACCCCAUAAGAGCGCACAUACGACCGGUACCGAGAACGGCAAACAAGAGAACGAAACUGCCACCAAAAUCCCCACAAAAGGAUCCACCGAGCGGUGCAGAAGAAAUUACGAUCUCAACCAAAUCAGCGGAAAAAAGACACCGCCCACUACGGCACUACGUGCCUGCGUGGUGUAUGAAGGGUGGAAAAAUGUUAAAUAAGGCACAAAAACUAGUGCUCGGAAUAGUGUUACUGGUGCUGGUCGAUAUAAUAUGGGUCUCAUCGAGCGAACUAACCAAGUUUCUCUACGAAAAUGAAAACUACGAUAAGCCCUUUUUCUGCACGUACUUCAAGGCGUCGAUGUUCACCAUUUACUUGAUAGUACUCGGUUUAAUUGCACCCUGGAAGGAAAGCUGCACCCGGAAUGGAAACUAUUCGCUGAUGGAAACAAUCGAAGAGGACGAAGGAUACUACGCCAAUGGGACGUCCAGUUUGAGUGAUUCAUCGUUCGUGCCCAUCAAAGCGGACUCGCAGGUGUCCGGUACGGAGAGCGACGAUUCCAGCAUUCGCAGCGUGCGCUUCAGCAAGGUGGCCGAAGUACGCGAAAUGUCACCGCACGAAGCAUCCGAGGCCCUCAUGUCGAGACUGUCGUACGCGGCAAGCUUACGAGUGCACCGACAAAAGUCCCACCACAAAACGGCACGCACGGCAUUGCUCUUCUGUGUGCUGUGGUUUAUUGCCAACUAUAUGUUUCAGCUCGCGUUGGAACCAAGCGAGACGGCAAUGGUAACGCUGCUCAGUUCCAGCUCGAGUUUUUUCACGCUCAUUCUGGCCGCAAUGUUUCCUUCAUCCUGUGGGGACAAAUUUACCUUCUCCAAGUUUUUCGCCGUUUUGCUGAGCAUCUCCGGAGCGGUGAUGGUCUCGCUGUCGGAGCUGGAUCAACCAAAAAUGUCCCGCGGGAUUGUCCUCGCACUGCUGAGUGCAUUUUUCUACGCGUCCUAUCUGGUGCUAGUCAAACGUAAGAGCGACACCGAGGAGAAGAUCAGCAUUCCGUUGUUUUUCGGUUUCGUCGGGCUGUGGAACUUGCUGCUUCUGUGGCCACUGCUUUUUGUGCUAAAUUUUUCGCAGCUCGAAGUGUUCGAGCUUCCAUCGAGACGUCAAUUUGUGGUCCUGUUUCUAAACGGGCUCAUCGGAACGGUGCUAUCGGAGGCUCUCUGGCUGUGGGGUUGCUUCCUUACUUCAUCCCUUAUCGGAACGGUGGCGAUUUCGCUGCAAAUACCCCUGGCCAUGGUGUUCGAUAUGGUGCUGCAUGGUAAGACCUACCCGCUGCUGUUCUAUCUCGGUUCGCUCCCGAUGUUCCUCUCGUUGGUGUUGGUGGCCUUUUUGGUAAAGUUCGACGACUGUGAUCCGCUCCUCAAGUUUGGCAAGCUAAUGUACCGACGGUUGUGGCACUGCCGGAAGGCAAACGUCAUCCGGAUACCGGACCUUGAGGAGCAGCACGAAUCGCUGAUCGACGGUAGUCAUGAUAACUAAAGCCAGCAAGAAGGCCACAUGGUAAGAUCAGGCUGUAGGCCCAUCCUAAAGAUUUGAAGAAGAAUUUGAAAUGAUUUAAAGAUCGUUUACUCGACGGUGCACGAACCGAUCGUCCCGGAAGGCGAUGUUUGUUUGUUCUCAAUAAGCGGUGCAAUUUUGAGCAGGAAACCGUUAUUCUUAUUUAGGCGGCCCUCGAGUUAAGUCACAUCUACUUAUCCACUUGAGAGAUUAUGAUUGUUAAGAUCACCAAAGUGUUCUUGCUUGAACGAAACAUUAUACCGACUAUUCGAAACUCAUUCCGGAAAUCAACAAGUGGUAUUCCUCAAGCGAUGCUUGUGGUUUGCUAUAAAUCGGCUGCUAAAGGAAGGCGAAAUUAUGACCGUUCUUGCGAACGCAUUUUUUUAAUAAUUACCGACCACCAGUGUUAGUUUAAAGUUGAUGGGAUAUAACCAUUUGACAAACCUUUAUUUCAACGAUUUUGUUCUUUCCAUCGGCCUACUUUGCAUUCGUCUUUAUUACCAGUGAAGGCAAACCCUUCUUGCGGUCGUCUCUUCACAGCCGGUCGCCGUAAGAACAAGAGAACUAUUCAGUAUUAUCACUAUUGAUUUGAAUUUCACUGUUUCUAAAUUAUCUGACCAACGCUUUAAUAUGUGUUAGAAUUGAAUCAUACAAUUUUUCGUGUCUCGAAUAAAUGUACUCUGUAUGUUUAUUUCAAUAAAGUCAGGUAUGAGUUGUGAAAAAGCACUAGCACGAACAAUAGGAAGCAACCUCUCCGCCUACCCAGUUUGUGUGUGGCCAGUCAAUCGUUUUAUGCUAGCACUUUACAGUAUUAGUUCGUCACCGAAUCACAUCACCCGUCGGAUGGCCGAACAGACGAAGCGAGAAGGCGUCCUUCGAGAAGAUACGUCAGGAGGCAAUAAGUGAGUGUGUUUGUCUACUUUGAUUAAGAAAAAAAAAUGAGGAAUUGUUCGAGCGCACACUACGCAAUACAUACUACUACACAAACUGAUGAGGCUUAAAUCGGUUUGAGCCGUGUUACGGGUCAAACGCACCCUCCGCCAGAGAGGAAAGCGAGCACACAAACAGCAACCACAAGUAGAAGGAAAAUGGGAAAAACCAGCUAGCCAGUAGUAGAUACUAUUUUGUAUUUGAGUUUUUGAUUGUGAUAUAUAAACGUAGGGUAUACACGAAGAAAUUAAGUAUUCGACACACGAUGCAGUCUAGUGGCGUGGAUGAGCGUUAUAAAGGCAAAUCUAAAAGACUAAAAGAAAGAUCAGAAAGCUAUAGAGCGCGGCGACGAAAUUGGAUUUCUGCCGCCGUUUGUAAAUGUACGAUUAGUGUCACCAUUACGUUCUUUAAGUAUUAGUUUUCGAUUUUCUGCCUCUUCACUGAUUUCUUGCCCCGCUGGAUCAUGUUACGAAUGGUUCUAAAUGCAUGUUGGUGCGAUAAAGCGUACACAGUCGAGUAGUGACUGCCGAAAGUAUCGGUAUAUUAUUUUGUAAAAAAUUAUUCCCUCAAUUAAGGUUAAUAUAAUUGUUUUGCAACUGUGAGAAUUCCCCUACAAACUAUCAAACUAUAGAAAAGUAAAUGUUUGAAAACCUUGAAACCAUUCCUUCGUACCCAUUAAAUGUUCACUUAUUAACUAGAGCACAACUGCUUCACGAGACGCCGCACCACUUUAAUCCCGUGAGUGUCCUCACUAUGUGUUCCCGAAACAGUUACAAGACUUGGCACAGCCUUGGCUCCACCCAGUACACAUACCUAAGGAAGUUGUUGGAGUUUAGCGUGUAAACAAAAAAAAACAAAACAAAAACUAUAGUAGUCGGAAGCAGCAUGUUUUUUGGAAAGAACUACACGCAACUUAAACUCUACGAACAUCUUUGUGAGAUUGAAUUGAAACCGAAACUAAAAACAAAAAACAAGCAUACACCUAUACACGGUAGCAAAACAAAUGGGCAACAAUAUUAACCGAGUAUUUCGUUAGGGGACAGGAAAACAAAAGCGUGAAAGAAAGCGCGAGUCCGGAGGCAUGGACCGGGCAUGUGGCACAGCAUAGCGAAGAUGAGAGCAGCAUUCCUUGUGGUAGGAUAGGUUUUUGUACAAUUUAUAUGUGAUACAAACAAAGCCCAUUUAUUGAAUAAGAUUUACACUUACUGUUCGUAGCCGAACGAGGAUGCGUGAAACAGAGAAGAAAUGGUCAGUAAGUAGCGUGGGGCGUUGGAGGCGAAAAUAUAUUAUUGGAAAAAUCCAUAGUAGUUGAACAAUAAACAGAAAAAAAGCAACACAUUUAAAGCAGCAUACACAAAUAUAAUACGGAACACAAUUUUACACCAACGUAGUCAUAUAAUGAUGAUAACGAAAGGCAAAGUGGCAAAGGCAGAGUGUAAUUGAAUGAUGUGUUGCCUAGAACUUUACCGAUCCGAUGCAAGCACACCCGUUUUUCUUUACUUGGUAGUAGAUCUUCACUGCGGUCUGAGCGGGGUAAAAGACGAUAACGAUGAGUCCGUUGUUAAAUGGCCGCCGGUAUGUUAAAUUCUAAGGCUAUAAAGAGCUCCUUACACGGGUUGGGCGAAUAGCCGGGAGAAGGGCAAUAUACACGCAUCAGUGAAGCACCGGAACUGUGUUGUAACCUGUAAUAGAAUAAAACCAAACCCCAAGUGAAGAAACAAUUUUCUG